AUGUCCAAUGGAACCAAACCGAGCGAGCUCAAGGCAACACAAGAUAGGAAGCAAGCAGAGCAGCUUACGCGGUCUGCCGUUACUAUAACAGACCAAAAGGAACGCCAUCAAAAACUUCGCGAAGCGCUGGACCUCGAGGUACGAGCUGAGCGGGUUCUUGCUGGGUCUGAUAUCCCUUUGGAUGGCAGCGGCUUCAUGCGCACGUACGACGGACUUGACCUGGAGAAGGUCCCGGGCUUGGGAUACCAUGACCGUGGCGCAAUCUUUCCGGCGGCCGCAGAGUCAUCAAGUAUUAGCACCAUAGAAGGGACAAGGACUGCUAUGCCUCACUCUGGCAGUCCAGCUGGUCCCAAGAGAUACUUGUCGUCCGGUGCAUCUGCCGUCGUCGACAAUACCGCUCUUCAGAAUGGCAAAGGCAAGGCAACAACACCACCCGGAAGCCCUCCGAUGAUACCCACAACUCCGGUUCGACUACCCACAGAAAGCUCUGGAGACAGUAUGCUUUCAGCAGAGAGCUCUAUCUACAGUCCAGAAAGCAGCGUCUUGAGUCGCAGCUCUGCGUCUCUUGGAUCUGAAAGUAGCCGUAAGAAGCCAAAGAAACUGGAGCUCCGGUCGCCGAAGAAAGAUCAAUCUCCGGAGACGAAGAAGAAGCCCAAGAAGAUUGAGAUCAGGCCGAAGACAUGA